UGGCCACGUGAGCCCCCGGAGUUCCCAGCGCCCACGUGCUCCGGGGAGCCGCGGCCGCAGUUUAACCCUUCUCCCCCCUGGGCUGCUGAGCGAAUAUUGCUUCCGUCACCUCUUAUUUCGGAGCCGCGGAGGACGCCCGCCUUUCUCCUGGCCCCAAACGUCGUAAGUCAGCUGCCUGCUUGCUCAUGACGGCGGGAUCCUGAGAACGAAGCGCCAAGUCAGAACUUGAGCGGUGGGAAGGAGGGAAGGAUUCCGCCAUGGAGGAGCAGCGCCCAUUGCCCGUGCUAAGCUCUGAGCACCAGCAGGAGGAAACAGAUGAAAUGGCAAGCCUAGUUUAUAAAGUGUGGAAUAAACAAGGAACAAGCAACCGCUCAACAGCUGCUUUUAAUAUUAUCAAUUCUAUUAUAGGAUCUGGUAUAAUAGGCCUUCCUUAUGCUUUGAGGCAAGCUGGUUUUCCAUUAGGAAUAUUGCUGUUAUUAUUUGUUGGCUAUAUUACAGAUUAUUCUAUUAUCCUGUUGAUUAAAGGAGGGAACCUGGCUGGUACUAACAGCUAUCAAGCACUGGUUAACAAGACAUAUGGUUAUAUAGGAUACCUGAUUCUCUCAGUUCUUCAGUUUUUAUAUCCUUUUAUUGCCAUGAUUAGCUACAACAUUAUAACAGGAGACACUUUGACUAAAGUUUUUCAAAGAAUCCCUGGAGUUGAUCAAGAUAAUUUACUUAUUGGUCGCCAUGUCAUUAUUUUGUGUGUUACCAUCAUCUUCACCCUUCCUCUUUCUCUUUAUCGGAAUAUAUCAAAACUGGGGAAGGUAUCAUUUAUCUCUUUGAUUUUAACAGUCGUCAUCGUGGUUGUUGGGAUUAUAAGGGCAAUUACAUUUAGUUCACAGGUACCAGAAACUGAAAAUGCCUGGGUAUUUGCAAAGCCAAAUGCUGUACAAGCCAUUGGAGUGAUGUCAUUUGCAUUCAUUUGCCACCACAACAGUUUUUUAAUAUAUGACUCUCUGAAAGAACCCACACUAAGCAACUGGACUCGCAUCACACAUGUGUCUGUUUCAUUUGCUGUGUUUGUCAGCUUGGUGUUUGCAACAUGUGGAUAUGUGACAUUUAGAGGAUAUACAGAAGGAGAUAUAUUUGAAAAUUUUUGCAGAGAUGAUGACCUUGCUACAUUUGGAAGGUUUUGUUAUGGAAUCACUGUCAUCCUAACUUUUCCAUUAGAAUGUUUUGUUACCAGAGAGGUAAUUGCCAAUGUAUUUUUCAACGGGAACCUUACAGCCAUUUGCCAUGUUGCUUUGACAGUGGUUAUCGUUGCUGUAGCUACAAGCAUAUCUUUAGUGUAUGAUUGCUUGGGAAUAGUAUUAGAACUCAAUGGCGUGCUGAGUGCUACUCCUCUGGUCUUCAUUCUGCCAGCAGCCUGUUAUCUGAAGCUGUCUGAAGAGCGAUGGGCCCAUCCCGAUAAUCUUCUUUCUGGACUGAUUCUGGGAGUUGGGAUGCUUGUGAUGAUAGUUGGCUUUGUUAUGACUGUCCUGCAUCCCCAGGAAUGUAGCCAUGGAAAAGAAAUGCCGUACUGCUUCCUUGGAAACUCCUCCCUCUACAAUAAUACAUUUCCAUAUUCUCAGCCAACUCGCCAACCUUAAUGUAGGAAAUGUCUCCCAAGGCAGCACGGUGCAAUUGUAAACAUGGGUUUUAACAAAGCCUGUUAUACAUUUGGGGUUUUGAAAAAUGCUUUGGGGCAAGAAAUUUUAAAAGGUAUAUCCUUUGUCACAACUCUAGUUUUUUGGAUUGUAGACUCACCCUAAAAUUAGAAUAUAAUAGCUUUGUAUUCUUCAGUAUAAAAAGUCCAUAACCAGGUAUUCUAUUCCUUUCGAUUUGGUUGCUAUAUUAUUGGGAUGCCUAGAUCAAGUCCUAAUUCCUGGCAUAAUGAGAGAUCUGAUUAUUCGUUUAUUAAUAGCUGCCAUAUUUCAGAUAUCUUCACUAUGGAGGUGUAAAAAGCCACCCCAUAUUAGAGGUAGCUUUGAUAAAUCUGAGAAAUCCCAGUAAUGGAUAAGAUCUCUUGACAAAUCAAAUAAGCUUUCAACUUCUCAUAUACAAAUACAUUACUGAAAAAUGAAGUGUUGACUGCUAAAUCUCUCCACAAAAGACCAGCAAGAUUAAGUUCUAUUUCUAUUCUAUAAAACAGAUAUUCAUUGUAUUAUGUUCUGUACAGCAGGCUAUUAACCAAAUAAGAGUAUAUCUGUGUAAUUAACUUUUGCUCCUUACAAACUAGAUACUGAGCUAUAUUUUUAUUGAAAUAGAUAGUUCUUUCUCUGUAUUUUUUGUCCUGAACAG